AUGUCAGUGACCAUGUCUGUCAGCGUGCUGUCCAUCGUGGCUACGGGACUUGACCGCUAUCUGGCUGUUGUUUACCCGCUAGGAGCCCGCAAUUACAGAACAGUCAAGAAGGCCGUGGCUGUUAUUGGCCUGACCUGGAUCUUCUCACUUGCGGUGAUGGCACCUCGUGUUGUCCUCUUUGAUGAAAUCUCCGUGUGGCACAUAACUGGCAUGACAACUCUGUGUAACCGGGUUCACACCCAUCAAAUUCUCCAGCUAGACACGAGCCUCAACUUUGUCUUCAUGUACCUCCUUCCCUUGACGGUUCUCUGCAUCUGUCACUCCCGCAUUGGACAAAGACUUUGGACCAGCAAACGGCCAGGUAAUCCAUUGGCUCGCCAUGGACAAAUGAGAAUGCUUCUGGUUCAACACAAGAGGAGAAUUGCCAAGAUGAUCUUUGCGGUCACCGCCAUAUUUGCCAUUGGCUGGCUACCCAUCCAUGUUUAUCACUUAGUCGAAGACUUUGAUAAAGGGAACAUUUUAUUUGGACAAAUUGUCGACCGAGGGACGAUUGCAUUGUUCUUUUCUUUUGGAGCCAAUGCGCUGAAUCCAAUAAUCUAUUGCCUUUUUAGUAGUAAUUUCAGAAAACACUUCGUCAAAGCUCUUCGUUGUUGGGGGCCAAGAAGAAACACUUCGGUUAACGGCGAGGAUUUGGGAUACUUCAGAAGUCCUGUAACUGUUGAAAUCCAGCUGGAAAAUCCACGUCCUCCACCUGUGUUGCUUCCCCGACCAGCUUCCCUUCUGACGGAUUCGGCCUCCUAUCCGGUCUCUGAUCAUAUUUAUAUUGGCAAACUGACACAGCUGGCGAGUGCAAAUAUGCUUUCACUGCAACCAUUGCUACACGAGGAAUCUAAGGCCAACAGCAGUUGCUCGGAAUCUUCGCCCACCUGUUCAUCGUUCUCUGUAACAACGAUGGCACAGGUCGAGGUUAAUCCUUUUCAAAUGGCGUCAGGUUCAUCUUGUCGCCAAGAAGAGGAUAGAAAGUCACCGCGGAAUGUAGCAUCCCAAAGCACAAUCAAUGUUAAUGCUCUUCAUUAUGGCCAUUCUCACAAUUUAGAACGAGCUAAUUCAUUAACAAGACGUGCCUGUAAUUUCACAAAAAGCCAGAGACGUCGGUCUUAUGACAGUUACAGUUGUGACAAAGAAGUACUAGGGGCAUUUAACAGACUGAAAGACAAUUUUACGAGUCCAGAUGUUUCAGACCAUUCUCAAAGACAUAGUAGCUAUGAUAAACCUAACAGUCCAGGGAUGACCGAAACACCCAAAAAGUAUGAUAGGCGAAAUAGCUCGGAAAAGACCGAACGGUAUAGAAAUGACAAACGUAUUAGCCCGAAGAAGCCCGAAUUUUGCCACAUUCAUUACAGUCAGGAGAUGAUCGAAGUAGGCAGCAGCCAAAAUAGACGGAACAGCUUGGAGAUAACCGAAGUUCUCCAUAGUCCUUCAAAACUGUAUAGCCUAGAGGUGAUCAGUGUACGCCAAAAACCUGACAAACGUGACAAAAUGUCCAGUUACGAGCGUCACCAACAGCAAAGUCCAGUAACAUCUCAAGCCAUGGAGUCGAAAAGCCUCUUGUGA